UUCCUGUUUCUGAUAUGUCCAAUCAGAUCUCUCGCGGUUCCAGUUCAAAACACUGAACCGUUUCAGCAGUCCUCCUGCAGCAACGGUAGACUUGCGACGAUCUGGAAAAGAGACAAAGCAGCUGUGAAUCUGGUCAUUUCCACAAUGGCAGAAGGAGGAGAUGUGGAAUGGGAGUUAAGCAAAGAAAACAUCCAGCCACUGCGACGAGGCAGAGACAUAUCUGUGUUACAUCAAGCACUCAGUCAACAGGACGGACCCACAUCUGCAAUCAACCAACAGAGACAGGCCUUUGAGACUGAGCUGCGCAUGUAUGAUGGAGAUGACCCGCUUGGUGUUUGGGAUCAGUAUAUUAAGUGGACAGAGCAAACCUUCCCUCAGGGAGGAAAGGAGAGCAACCUCGCCACGUUGUUGGAACGAGUGGUGACCAGAUUCACAGAAGAGAAAAGUUACCACAAUGACCCUCGCUAUGUUGAGCUCUGGAUCAAAUUUGCAGAACACUGCCCGGAGCCCUUGGACAUUUACAGGUACAUGCAAGCCCAGGGAAUAGGAGUGACACAGGCAUCCUUGUACAUCGCUUGGUCUGAGGAGUAUGAGAAUCAGGGCAACUAUCGCAAAGCAGAUCUGGUCUAUCAAGAGGGAUUCAAGAAAUAUGCUGAGCCUCAGGAUAAGCUGCUCCAGUUUCAUAAGGCUCUGCAGGCACGCGUGUCCCGACAUGUGAUGAUGAACGUGGAAGAAGACAAUAGUGAUGAUGAACUUAAACAGCCUGAGAGACUUUCUCUGGCUGACCUCAAAAGUCGAGGGAAGAAAAAGGCCAUCGCCCCCGUCAACAGAACCGGUCCAGCAAUCAGAAGUAUUUCUGGAGGCCUGCAGUCACAGGGCGCUCCUGUCCUCAGCAACGCUUCAAACAGUCGGUUGGUGAUCUUUGAUGAGAACAAAACUGAAAGCGCCGGUUCAUCAGAGCCAAAGUUGGAAUCUUGGCUCGCUCCUCCCACGUCGAGGGCCAAGGAGAAUGAGCAGAGGCCUGAAAGGUGGUGCGAUGUCAAGAUACCUCAGAAGUCAAAAUUUGGACAUACUGUUAUGGCCCCACCUCCUCCUAAACCCACCUUCCAACCAUUUGUUGAGGAGUCAGACCAGCCUCCAACAAUGACUCCAUGUAAGAUCAAUCCGACAGUGAACAUGGUUUUAUCAGCACGUAAGCCGAGCAGAGAGGAAACUCCUCUCAAGAGACUCCAGGACCAUCAUCAGCAACAGAAGGAGGCAAAAUCGGGAAAACUGCAGGAGCAGAGCAUGUACUGUAAAGAGCUGCUGCUCAGUGGCGCCACUGAAUUCUGCUUUGAGGAACUGCGUGCUGAACGCUUCUUCAAAAAGAUGUCCCAGGAGUCACAGGAAGUCAGAAGUCAAGAGGAUCAAGCUACUGCCAGUGCUGUAGUCGACGGCUAAGAGUUUGUUCUUUUCAUGAUUUUUUUACCUUCGUUUUGACGAUAUUUUAUUGCAAGUAUCAUGUAAAGACUUUUGAUAUUGCUGUCAUGAAAUAUGAGUUACUGAGAAGAGUUAAAAGACAAAAGGGAUGAAGCUUUUUUGAAAGCUUUUGAACUAAAGACACUAUUUUGAAUGUUUUGGACUCAAUAAAAAUACAGUGGGUGGAGCAUAUAUUGGGAUGCAGGAAUAUAUUGGGAUGCAUAAUAAACAAAUUUGGAAUAAACAUCUAUACCACUUCAACAGUAUAAACAGAAAAGGCUUUAGAGUAGCAGUUAUAGAGGUACUUGAUGUUAUAGACAUUUACAUAGUCAUACUAAACCACUACUCAAGUCACUAACAUGUGCUCCUAAUUUCCGUUAUAGUCCAUUUGUCAAUCUUCUCAGUUGCAUUGUCCUUAAGAACAGUGUGCUCUUUUCUUUAAUGUUUUGUGUUCAUUAUUUGAUCAACAGUUUUUUCUAUACAUUUCCAACACUGUCAAAAAGGGUUUCAGUGAUGAUUUAUGUCUCAAUCUGUGUAAAAAUAAAAUCUUCUCAGGCAUG